AUGUCAUUGUCAGCGGCUCAUCUGACCCUUGGACACAGGUUGCCAUUGCUGCAAUUGCUGUUGCUACCUACUGCUACUACUGCUACUACUGCUACUACUGCUACUACUGCUACUACUGCUACUACUGCUACUAUUUUGUGCUACGUCACGGCAAGAUUCGACGUUGGACUUCCCCCUUCGAAGCUCUACCACACUCACACUACUCUUUGGCCAAAUGCAAGGGUGAUCAGGCACGUGGACACUCGCGGCGAUGCCGCAUCUUGGAAACAUCGAAUAGCACGCGUCAAGGCCUGGUUGUCCAUUUCCAAUCAUCCCAUGGCGCGGCAGCCAGACCCCGAGCUUUCUACACCGGCUGUAGCUUACUGUUCCGUCAUUGGGUACGAAGUACGUGGCGCAAGGGAUGCUCGCAGCCAUCAGGCUCUCAAGUUUAUGCGGGCGCUAGUCUUCGGUCUAGACUUGCGCGGACAUCGAUCUUGGACUCUCGACAGCAUUGGUGACCAUCGAUUUGCAAACUACUGCUAUCUAAACGCAUGCGAGGGGGCGCCAUUUGCAUUCAGACGUGUCUACGCAGGCUCAUCGAGAAGCAUCCCCUACGCAAUCGACACGGCGUUAAGAGCCAGACCGCUGUGGACAAAGGCAACGAAGCAUGAGCUGGCUGUUGUCACAUUAUGCUCGCCAAGUGGCACGAACCGUCUCCAGGGCUCGGGUAUAUCGACCUGGGUACACCAAGCUGGCAACAUCGGCACUAUGACCGCCAGUUUGAAAUUGGGGGCGAGUACCGCGAGUACCGAACGCAGUACCCAGUACUUCCCUGGAUGCUUGCCUGUCGACUUUGACUCUUUUCGUCAUUCUGACGCUCUGGCACUUCUUCGAAUCGUGGGCGGAUCUUGUCUUACUUGA